UAUGGACCAUCAUUCGGAGAAACGACGAGACGAUGGCGACAAGGCGGUCGUCGGCGGCGGCGCCGACGACUCCACCAGAGCGCUCCAUUGCGCGCAAAAAGGACGAGACCAAGAAAUCGGGUCUAAAGCAAUGCACGCGAGUCCUCUCCUUGCAUAAGGGCAAGCUCCAAACGUACACGCUCAAGUACGACGACGCGACCAUGUACGUCGGCGAGAUCCACGUCGGGUCGAGGCAGCGCCACGGCCGAGGCGUCUACUACACAGCGCAAGGCGACGUCUUGGACGGCGAGUGGAAAGAUGAUCGCUUCCAUGGGUACACUCGCGUUGGCGUCGUGCGGCGUGACGGACGAUCGUUGUGGUAGCUUUGGCACGAGGGACUUUGCCACCACCCGUGACCGUCACGAAGGCAUGUACCACAAGGACAAGCGCCAUGGACGCGGUACUUACCUGUGGGCGAACGGAGACAAGUACAUGGGGGAGUUUUACAACGGCAGGAUGCACGGCAAGGGCGUGUUGCUGUCUGCAUCGACGGGCGACGUUUUUGAAGGCACUUGGGUCAAAGGUGUCGUCGCCCACGGCACGAAGCGGUUCGCAAAUGGGGAUACGCUGCAAGGCACCGUCUCCGCGUCGACGUGGAACGUCGACGGGACGCUGACGGGAGAAGGAGUCAAGACCUACCGCAACGGAAACGAGUACCGCGGGCGGUUUGACCGGGGCGUCCAAAGUGGGUUUGGCACGUUUCACUGGAGGUCCACCGGAAACGUGUACGCUGGCAUGUGGGUGGCCAACACAAUGGAUGGCUACGGGCGCAUGGAGUACAUGCCGUCCAUGCCACUAGCAGACAGCGGCCGCUGCCACGUGUACGUCGGCACGUUCGCCAAGGGCGAAUUUCAUGGCCAUGGUCGCAUUGAGUACGCGAAUGGCGACGUGUAUGAAGGAGCGUUUGAGCGAAAUGUGCGCCACGGCCGCGGCGUGUUCAGGGGGAGAUGGGACUCGUAUGAAGGGAGGUGGGAGGACAACCAUCCUCAAGGCGUCGGCUGCUACAUCGGAGACACGGUGACGUACCAUGGUCAGUGGGUCGGCGGGUGGCCGCAGGGCCGUGGCAUGUACACGUGCCGCGCGUCUGGCGACAGGAAGCGCGUCCAAAUCCAUCAAGGACAAUGUGCCGACGAUCCAAAUUUGACGUUCAAUCCAUUGAUUUUGCUGGAGUAUUCCAUUGGCGAUCUCUUUCGCAUCCAGCGCGACGUGGACGAAGGAAUCGUUGGAUCCUUUCGUGGAGGUGCUGUCUCGAACGUUCAACUGUAG